AUGGGCCGCCGCUGCCGCCAGCUGCAGGUGCCGGUUACGACGGUGACGCGGACGGCGUGCGCGCGCCUCUGCGGCGGUGAGUGCCGAGUGGUGGUGACUGGUGACGGCGGCCCGACGGGCGACGGCCAGUUUGUUUACCGCGGCCGCACAGGCGUGUCGUCCGUUUCCGUGUGCCAUGUCGUCGUCCCGCUGUCGCCUCCGUCGUCAUCGCUCACCAUCGCGUUUAAAUUAAUUCGCGGCGACCGUCUCGCUCGUCCAUACACUCGUGUACCUGAUACUCUUCCCAAUAUUCCCGUCUGCGGAACUGUUCGCUCGUCCCACCACGGUUCGGCUGUGCGUUCCGCAUUAAGGCGAUAUCAACGUUUUAUCGCUGGCACAGUGGCACCCGACAUCUGCCUGAUAAAAAUAGCCCGUCGUGUCGUCGGUUCCCCGUGUACCUGA